CCCUGAUGAGCUAUAAUUGCUUCGCUCCAUCCUGUUGCUGCCAUUCUCUUGGCGGAGGCCUCUGGGCUUUCAGGCGGGUGGCAGCUGUCGGCCGAGGGCUGGGCUUGCAGGAUGGACUGGCCACACAGCCUGCUGUUCCUUCUCACCAUCUCCAUCUUCGUGGGGCUGGGCCAGCUCAGGAACACCAAAGGCAAGAGGAAGGGGCCAGGGCGGCCUGGGACCCUGGCUCCUGGACCUCACCAGAUGCCGCUGGACCUGGUGUCACAGGGGAAGCCAUAUGCCCCCAUGGAGGAAUAUGAGAGGAACCUUGGGGAGAUGGUGGCCCAGCUAAGGAACAGCUCAGAGCCAGCCAGAAGGAAGUGUGGAGUCGACCUGCAGCUGUGGCUGUCCAGCAAGAGGAGCCUGUCACCGUGGAGCUACAGCAUCAACCAUGACCCCAGCCGCAUUCCUGUGGACCUGCCAGAGGCGCGGUGCCUGUGCCUGGGCUGCGUGAACCCCUUCACCAUGCAGGAAGACCGCAGCAUGGUGAGUGUGCCCGUGUUCAGCCAGGUUCCCGUGCGCCGUCGCCUCUGCCCGCCGCCUCCACGCACCGGGCCCUGCCGCCAGCGCACGGUCAUGGAGACCAUAGCUGUGGGCUGCACCUGCAUCUUCUGAACUGCCCAGGCCCAGAGCCUGAGGACAGCUGGAUACUGCCCUCCCUGCAGCCCUGUGCCAGGCAAGGCCAAGUGAAGAAGUAAACAUCUUCUGUAAAUCAA